CAAAGCAAGAUCCUAGAAGUCAGAAGCCUUCAUUGAGCUCCGGAGAGAUAACUAAAACUGUUGUUGUGGAAGAAACAAAGCGUAUAGCAACCAUUAUUCUAGGUGUAUCAGAGCCAUUCACUUCUGUCCCUGUAAUAACUGAUGUUACAACAACACUUCCUCUGAAACAGGCUGACCAGCAGCCAGCACAGAUGACAGAAGAACCAGAAAGUCAGAGGUCUGCUUUGAGUCUGAGGGAGCAAACUGAAAGUGUUGGUAUGGAAGAAACAAAGCUCAUACCAACCAUAAGAAAGUCAGAGAGUACUAAACUUACCACACCUUCGCAGCAGGUUGUUACCCAUAAUAAAACUACUGAUGUGAAACCUAAAGAUAAUAUGAAAGAACCUGCCAGCUUGAGAUCGUCUUCAACUCCACAGAUGGCCACAGAAACAACAGAAACUACUGUUGUGAAAGAAAAGACGCUUUCUCCAACCAAAAGUAGAUCAAAGGGUCCAAAUCUCUCCCCAGAACAUGCUACAAAUGAAGUGACAGAGACAAAGCAAGAGCCAGGAAGUCAGAAGCCUUCAUUGAGCUCCGGAGAGCUAAUUGAAACUGUUGUUGUGGAGGAAACAAAGCGUGUUGCAACCAUUAUUCUAGAUGUAUCAGAGCCAUUGACUUCUGUCCCUGUAACAGCAGAUGUUACAACAACACUUCCUUUGAAACAGGCUGACCAACAGCCAGUACAGAUGAUAGAAGAACCUGAAAGUCAGAGGUCUGCUUUGAGUCUGAGGGAGCAAACUGAAAGUGUUGUUAUGGAAGAAACAAAGCUCAUACCAACCAGAAGAAAGUCAAAAAUUACUGAACAUACCACAACUUCACAGCAUGUUGUUGCACAUAACAUAACUACUGAUGUGGAACCUGAAGAUAAUAAGAAAGAACCUGACAGCCUGAGUUCUUCUUCAACUCCACAGAUGGCCCCGGAAACAACUGAAACUACUGUUGUGAAAGAAAAAAAGCUUUCUCCAACCAAAAGAAGAUCAAAGGGUCCAAAGCUCUCCCUAGAACAUGCUACAAAGGAAGUAGCAGCAGGUGAACUCACCACUAAGUCAGUCAUAGAGCAAGCUGAGACCAUUAUUGUUGAGCAAGCCAAGCUUGGACCUACCAGUAAAGAGUCAAAGAGUAUAGACGUGUUGUUAAAGGUUACUGUUGCAAAACCUGCACAGCUCAAAGGCGAAGCAGAAAAUCUGAUGUCUCACCUUACUUCAGCGGCUAUCACAGAUGCUGAGCAAUCUAAGUCUGUACGAAAAAGGCAAGAGUCAAAGAGUUUGAACGUUUCCACAACUUCAGUGCAAGUUGUUACCCAUAGUAUAACUACUGAACACUAUUCAGAGCUUGAGGAACCUGCGAAGGAACCUGAGAAUGCAAAGACUUCUUCAACUUUACCAGGGAUCACAAAGCCAGUCGAAACUAUUUUGGGAAAAAGUAAGUUCUCGCCAACCAAAGGAGAGUCAAAAAGUCCAAAACUGUCCACAGAAUUUUCUAACAAGGAGAAAACACAGUCCAUAGAAAAGCCUGGCAGUCAGCUAUCUUUACUGAGAUCCAAGGAGCAAACUAAUGCUGCUGUUGUGGAGGAAACAAAGCGUAUAGCAACCAUUAUUCUAGAUGUAUCCGAGCCAUUCACUUCUGUCCCUGUACUGACUGAUGUUACAACAACGCUUCCUCUGAUACAGGCCGACCAACAGCCAGCACACAUAACAGAAGAACCAGAAAGUCAGAGGUCUGCUUUGAGUAUGAGGGAGCAAACUGAAAGUGUCAUUAUGGAAGUAACAAAGCUCAUACCAACCACAAGAAAGUCAAAGAGUAAACCUACCACAGCUUCACAGCACGUUGUUGCUCAUAAUAAAACCACUGAUGUGGAACCUGAAGAUAAUAAGAAAGAACCUGACAGCCUGACGUCUUCUUCAGCUCCACAGAUGGCCACAGAAGCAACUGAAACUACUGUUGUGAAAGAAAAAAAGCUUUCUCCAACCAAAAGAAGAUCAAAGGGUCCAAAGCUCUCCCCAGAACAUGGUACAAAGGAAGUGACAGAGACAAAGCAAGAGUCAGAAAGUCAGAAGCCUUCAUUGAGUUCCGGAGACCUUACUGAAACUGCUGCUUUGGAAGAAACAAAGCAAAUAGCAACAAUUAUUCUAGAUGUAUCAAAGCCAUUCACCUCUGUCUCUGUAACAACAACUGAAGUUACAACAACACUUGCUCUGAAACAGGCUGACCAACAGCCAGCACAGAUGAUGGCAGAACCAGAAAGUCAGAGGUCUGCUUUGAGUCUGAGGGAGCAAACUGAAAGUGUCGUUAUGGAAGUAACAAAGCUCAUACCAACCAGAAGAAAGUCAAAGAGUACUGAACUAACCACAACUAAGCAAGAGCCAGGAAGUCAGAAGCCUUCACUGAGCUCUGGAGAGCUAACUGAAACUGUGGUUGUGGAAGAAACUGAAGUUAUACCAGCCAGGAGGAAAUCAAAGAGUCUUGAGGUUUCCACAGUUCCAGAGCCAGUGUCUCCCCUUGGUAUACUUACUGGAAUGGAGCCUAACGAACUAAAACAAGAACCUGAAAAUGAUCCCGCAACCCCAGACUUUAUUCAAGGGCAAGCUAAAACUGCUGUUCUGGAACAAAGUAAGCUUCUACCACCUAAGAGAAAGUCAAAGAGUACAGAACCUCCUUUUAAACUUGCUGACACUCAGGCACAUCAGACAAGGAUAGAACCUGAAGGUCACCAAUAUUAUUUGAGUUCCAAUGACCCAAAUAGAAGUGCUGUUAUUGAAGAAACAAAGCUUUUACCAACCAGUAGAAAGUCCAAGAGUGGUGACUUUUCCACAUCUUCCGAGACAGUUGCUACCCAUGUCAGAUCACCUGCAGUGGAGCCUCAACAAAAUAAGAAAGAACUGGAUGGUAAAAAAUCUUCAACUCCAGAUGUGGUCACAGAACCAACUGAAAGCACAGUUGUAAAAAUAGGAGAGCUUUCACCAACCAAAAUAAAGUCGAAGGGUCUGAAACUUUCCCCAGACCUUUCUCCCACAGAGCUGACAAAGACCAAGGAAGAACCUGACAGUCAGAAGCAAUCUUCAUCUCAAGAGGUGGUCACAACAACAACUGAAAUUACUGUUGUGGAAAAAGGUAAACUUUCACCAACCAAAAGAAAGUCGAAAGGUCUCAAACAUUCCCCAGAACUUGCUACCACCGAGCUAACAAAAACCAAUAAAGAGCCUGACAGUCAGAAGCCAUCUUCAACUCCAGAGGUGGUCACAGCAACAACUGAAUUGUCCGUCGUGGAAAAAGGAAAGCUUUCACCAACCAAAAUAAUGUCAAAGGGUGUGCAACUUUCCUCAGAACCUGCUACCACAGAACUGAUGGAUGUCAAGAAAGGAUCUGACAGUCAGACAUCUUCAGUGUAUUCCAGAGAGCAAACUGAAGCUGCUGUUUUGGAGAAAUUUACCAUACCAGCCAGAAGGAAGCCAAAAAGUCUUGACAUUUCCACAGCUGUAGAGCCCGUCUCUGCUCUUGGUGGAAAUAUUGACCUGGAGACUAAGGAAGAACCAGAGAGUGACAAGGCUUUAGUUGGACAGGUAGUCACAGUAGCCACUGAAACUGCUGUUUUAACCAAAAGAAAGUCCAAGGGUCUAAACCUUUCCCCAGAAUGUUCUCCCACAGAGCUGACAAAGACCAAGGAAGAGCCUGACAGACUGAAGCCAUCUUUAACUCCAGAGGUGGUCACAGCACCAACUGAAAUUACUGUUGUGGAAAAAGGAAAGCUUUCACCAACCAAAAGAAAGUCUAAGUGUUCGAAACUUUCCUCAGAACUUGCUGCCACAGAGCAACCAGAAACAAAGGAAGAGCCGGACAGUCAGAUGUCUUCAUUGUAUUCCUGUCCAGCUGUAGAGCCUGUCUCUGCUCUUGGGGGAAGUAUUGACCUGGAGUCUAAGGAGGCUAAGAAAGAACCCGAGAGUGGCAAAGCUUCAGCUGGACAGGUAGUCACAGGAGCAAUUGAAAUAUCUGUUGUUAAAGACGGUAUGCUUUCACCAACCCAAAGAAAGUCGAAGGGUCUCAAAUAUUCCCCAGAACUUGCUACCACAGAGCUGAUGGACGUCAAGAAAGAAUCUGACAGUCAAACAUCUUCAGUGUCUUCCAGAGAGCAAACUGAAGCUGCUGUUUCGGAGGAAUUUAUCAUGCUAGCCAGAAGGAACCGGGGGCCUGAAGUGGGCAUUUUACAAUUAGAUAUACAGACCAGUCCAGAGGAUGAUGAAAACACAUCUGUCACAGGAGCAAAAAGGAUCAGACCUGUUCAAACAAGUCUCCAGAGAGAAGGAGUAGCAGAAAGCAAAGAUAUGACUGCUGCAGUUAAGAUGACUACAAUAGAAGUACGAGAAAGCAGUACUGAAUGUCAAGACAAUGUGGUUCAAACGGGCAAACCCUCUCCUGCUUGUGAAGCAUUGCCCCCAGAUGAGGCAGGGACAGAAUUUGUAGAAAUAUCUGAGCGACAUAUGGUGAAACCAAGCCAAACUAAAACUCAAAGAGAGCUCUUCAUAACCAUGCAGGAAAAACCUAAAGUGGUCAAGAAACAUGGUGUCCAGGAACAGCAUCCUACACGUGGCAUGGACAGUGUACCCAAGAGCUUGGAUGAAAAAUCAGUUACAAUGGAGAAAAUCCAUAUGGGGCCUGAAAUGCGCAUCCUACAACUAGAUAUACCGACCAGUUUGGAGAAGGAUAAAAACACAUCUGUCACAAGAGCAAAAGAGCCAAGGAAAGAUAGUGUUCAAACAAGUGUCCAGAGCGAAAGAGUACCAGAAACAAAGAUUACUACUGCUGAUGUGAAACCAGCGGAAGCAGUUGAGAUGACUGAGAUAAAGGUGCAAGAAAGCAGUACUAAAUUUCAAGACAAUAUGGCUCAAAGGGACUCAGCUCAACCCACCCCUCCUGGUUCUGAAUCAUUGCAACCGCAUGAGACAGAGAAAGAAUUUAUAGAAAUAAGCGUAUAUAAGCAAGACAUAGUAAAACCAAGCCAAACUGACACUAAGAUGGAACUCUUGAAACCCGCACAGGAUUGGCCUACAGAGGUCAAGGGACAUGUGGUCCAAGAAGAGCAUCCUGAAGUGUUAACACGUGGUAUGCACGAUGUACCCAAGAGCCUGGAUGAAAAGUUUGUUAUGAUGAAGAAAAUCCACAUGGGGUCUGAGGUGCACAUCCUACAACUAAAUACAACCAGUAUGGAGAAGGAUGAAAACACUUCUGUUACAAGAGCAAAAGAGCGAAGGAUAGAUGUUGGUCAAACACGUGUCCAGUGCGAAAGAGCCCCAGAAAACAAAGAUAAGACUACUCCUGAUGUUAAGCAAAAGAAGGCUGCAGUUAAGACAAGAUUAGAAGUGCAACAAAUCACAACUGAAAGGCAAGGAAAUGUGGCUCAGAGUGACUCCAAUCAACCCCCCUCUGUGUGUGCAAGGCAGCUAAGUGAUUCAGAGACAACAUUUGAAAAAAUAAGCAUAUCUGAGCAAGACACUGUAAAACCAAGCCAAACAGUGAUUAAAUUAGAGCUCAUGAAUACCACACAGAAAAGACCCCAAAAGGUCAAGGAUCAUGACGUGCAAGAAGUGAAUGCUAAAGUGUCAACAAAAGACUUGCAUGAUGCACCCCAGAGCCUGGAUGAAAACUCUAUUAGGAUGGAUAAAAUCCACAAAGGGGCUGAAGUGCACAUUUUACAACCAGGUACACCUGUCACUAUAAAGGAGCAUGAAAUUGCAUCUGUUGCAAUAACAAAGGCACCAAGAAUUGAUAUAGAUCAAACAAGUAGCCAGUGCGAAACAGAGCCAGAAAACAAAGACCUGACUUCAGCUGAUAUUCAGCCAGAAAAGACUGCAGUCAAGAUGACCAUGGUCGAAGUGAAGACCAAAGAAAGACUCAGGGAUAGCAGUAUCCAUGAAAAACAUGCUGAAGUGUCAGCACAUGACAUGCAUAAUGUAUCCAAGAGCCUGGAUGAGAAGUCUGUUAUAACAGGAGACAUCCACAUCAGUGUACAUGAUUACAAAACUGUCACAAUAGAAAAGGAACCUGAGAUGGAAUUACGUAUUCUGUUUGAGACAGUUAAAGAAAGCAAGGAUGUGACCACCACUGACAAGCCUGCAAGUGAGAUGACCCGGGUUGAAGUGCGAGAAAGCUUUACUGAAUCCCUGUCUGAACCCAGUGAGGUCCCUCUAACCCAAACAGAGAGACACACAACAGAUGAAAAGGAAAAUAAGAAGGAAGAGAAGGAGGGGAAGAGGACAAUUCAGGAAGAACAAAGAGAAAAGAUGGUCAAGGUGGAUAUACAAAAUGCUCCACUCCCAAUGGCCACGACCUCCACCACUGGUGAAGUGACACUGCAGAGAAUGGAUUCGCCACAGGGUAAACCACUUGAGGAUGCCCCAGAUGCUCUGAUUACAUCCACCAUUGAUCUGGAUAACCGUCUAAGCAGGCUGGUGUCUCGAAUCCUGAGCUGCAAGAACCACCCAGCUGAGCUCAACCCAACAGCCAUGGCCCAGCAGCUGAAGGAGGCUCAGCAGUGCAGAGAGACUGCCCAGGAACAGGUGUCAUUGCUCUCUCAGCUGAGAGGAGCCGAUGCUGAGAACAAUGAUGCUCUGGAGCAUGUGGAGGACCAGUGGAGCACUGCUGCCCAGGAUGCAGCUGCUGUCAUCCAGAGUAAAGAGGCCCAGCUGCAGCUGGUGACUGAUCACUGCAGACAGACCAAAGCAACCAGGACUACACUGGAAAGACUGACAGCAGAACUGGAUGCUGUCAGAAUGUCCCCAGAGGAGAGCAGCUCCAAGGAAGCAGAGCGACUGUGCUCCUUACAGAGGAGUAUGGAGGAGAACAGAACAGUACUGGGGGAGUUGCUCGUGACCCAUACCAAGUUAUACCCCCACCUCAGCUGGUCUAAGCGAGCACCCGCACAGACUGAGCAGAAUAACCUGCAAGAGAAGUGGAGAGGCCUGGAAAGAGCUGUGGAGAGGACCUUGUAUCACACAAAUGUCCAUUUUCACGAGACCAGCAGCCUUCAGUUGGCAAUAUCAGAUCUUCAGGAACAUUUGGAGACAAUCGGCAAAGAACUUGAAGCCAAGUCUCCUUUAGUUACUCAGUGGAACUGCAAGAAGGCGCAGCAGCUGAUGGUGGCAAAUGCUGAGGUUAAAGCUGCUUGGAAAAAAUACCUUCAUCUGCAGCAGCUGUUGGAGGCGCUACUCCUCGGCUCACAGAGGGAGAAGGAUACAACUGAGAUACAGCUGGGGCUUCAGAGCAUCAAAGACCAACUUUGCCACACAAAGGAACUAGUGUCCUCUCAAACUCAGAGCAGCAGCAACGCCAUCAUGGAGAAAAUUAUGGUGGUGAUGAGGGAUGGCCUCGUCUGGGCAAAGCAGACAGAAAGUGAGAUUGAUGGCCGGAGGGAAAGGGUUGCUCUCCUCCCCGAGGAGGUGCACCGGCAGCUCAGAGAUCUGAAGAAGCUGCAGUCUAAGGUCAUGGCCAAACAGGGCCAACUGGAGACACUGGUGGAGGAGGUGACAGAGCUCCUUCCACAGCUGGACCAGGCUGAGGAGGUGCCCAUGGUGCACUCCUCUCUGAAAUCCCUCCAAGAACUCUCAAAGUGGACAUCUGAGAAGCUAGCCAAGGCUGUUAGAGAAAUAGAGUCCGGACUGCAGACCAGAGAGAAGCUGUCAGAGCAGAUUGCUGACCUAGACUCCUGGGUUUUGGCUCAUCUGCACAAAGAGGCCUCCAGGAGUCCAGACAGUGAGCUGAGGAGCCCUGCUGAACUGGACCGCCGAGUUCGUCAGAUCCAAGAGACCCUGGCUGAGGCGGAGAAGCAGGCCGCUGUCUGUGAGGCUCUUCUAAUGAAGAGUAAAGACAUUGCCUCUGAACUCAGCAUCACAGAGAACUGUCGGCUUUUCGACAAGCUUACCAACCUCCAGGGGGACAUCAGAGCCAUCAGCAGCUAUGAGAAGGCCAACAAAAAGGACCUGGAUGAACUCACGCAGACUCUAGAUUGCAGCAAGAAAAACCUGCUCACCAUAGAAACAAGCCUGAGGCAGAUGUUAGUAGAUCUGAGUAGAUACAGGUUCCCCAUCACGAGCGAGUCCCUGCAAGCUUUGGAGCCUUCCAAACACAUGAUUUUGGAGCACAAGUCCCAGGUUGACCUUCUGCAACAGUGGAUUCCCCAGGAAAAGACGAGGGAACUGUACUCAGUCACUUCUGAACUUCUCAGCAAAAUGGUCACCCUGGAAAUGAAAGCCAGAGGCCAUGAGCGGUACCUGAACAACAGGCAGUGUGUGGAGGACCUCAGGGAGAACGUUCAGGAGCAGGUCCGUCAGGCCAAAGACGACAGCCUGGCGCUGGACGAGAAGUACCAAGUCUGUCAGACCCUCCUCGUCCAGCUUUCUCUUAUAAAGUAUAUGUCUGAGGAGGCUGGCUCCAAACUCCAGAUGAUCUCCACUGAUCUUUACCCAUCACAGCUGAGCACAGAGCGACAGAGACUGAAACAAAACGAGGGGAGCCUUGACACCUUGGAGAUGAUGCUCUACAACAACCUCAGCAUCAUGGAGUGGAACCUGCUGGAGGAUCUGGACCUGGACUCAGAGAAGGCAGCCACUCAGGCCUUCCUCUGGAAGAGCCAGCAAGAGCUCCAGAAACUCCCCAUGUUGGAGCCAAAUGAAACAGAAAUUAACAACGAAUACCAAAGGAUCAUGUCUUCGAAAAAGACUGUAGAGUCCAGAAUGAGAGCACUGGAGGUUCUAGAGCAAAAGAAGGGAAAGAGACAAGGACAUGGAUCCCAAGAUCUGAUAGACUUAAAGAAUGCAGUCCUCUGUGAAUGUGACUCACAAAUGGAGAACAUCUGCCAGGCCAAGGAGUCUCUGAGAGGCUACACGUGUGCUGUUCAACAAGCAGCACAGUUCCUGAGGGACAUUGAGGUCUCUCUGCUGCCACCGCAGGGCUCUGCUGGACUCUGUUCUGGACGGCUGGAGGAAACCCGGCAGGCUUUGGCCUCACUGCAGCAGCAGUUCCAGACCCAUGUGGAGCAACUCCAGAGCCAGGUUACCCUUCACCCUUACCUGUCCCCCCAGAAGGUGGAGCAGCUCCAGGAGAAAAUUCUAAGCCAGCUCCUGGUGAGGAUGUCCACUCUUCAGGCAAAGGGACACAUACGACUGGAGUGUCUCAGCAGUUGCGCAGAACAUCACAGAAAAUACAUCCAGUGCCAAGAUGAGAUCAUCCAGAAUGUGAAGAGCGCAGAGAACAGCCUCUCCCAGUUCAUCUGUCAAAAGGUCACCUGUCUCGCUGACUGUACUGACCAGCAAACCAAGCUCAGAGUUCUGUCUGAGGAUCUGGAGACCCUGCAGAGUCGUCUGACGGAGCUGAAGGAGUGGUGCCCAGAGCAGAGCUGUUGUGGAGGCAGGGAGGCCGCUGUGGCUGCUGUCUGGAAACGCGUAUCAAGACUACAUCGCUGCACACAACAGCUGACAGCUCGUAGUGAACGGAGGAUUGCAGAAUGGAGCGAAAUCACUAACAGUGUGGAGAAGGCAUUGGCUCUCUUGCAGCAGGUGGAGGCGGAGCUCCCUGAUGGCUCCCGGGUAAAGGCCUCCACCGAGGACCUGCAGGAUCUGCUGCAGUCCUGGGAACAGUACCAGGACAGACUGGACUGCGAACAUCGAGCCCUGUCGGCACUGGAACUGCGCGCUGCCAGGCUGCUGGGUGUCCCUGCUCACCUGGAGCAGGCUCCGCCCACUCCGCUCUGUCAGCAGCUGCAGGCCAUACAGGCUCGAUACGGCAGUGUGAAGCAGAGAAGCAGGGAGGGUUUGAAGGCAGCCAGGAUGGAGCUGGAGGAGAGAGAAAAGGUCCAGGUGGAGCUGCAGGGCGUCCGGGUUUGGCUGGAGGCUGCAGAUGGUCUUCUGUCAGAGAUGGAGCAGAGCAGCAGCACGGAGGAGCUUCAGGAGGUUCACAGCGAGCUGUGUAACCAGAAGGCUUUGCUGCAGCGCAUCAUGGAGAGUCUGAAGAUGAAGUACUCAGACAUGUACACUCUGGUCCCGGUGGAGAUCGACCGCCAGCUGCAGGAGGUCACACACUCACUGCAGCAAGUAGAAGUUAAGGUGGGAGAGGCAGUGGAGCAGAGUGGUCCCGUCCACAGGCUGGGGGCGAAGCUGUCUGAGGUCCAGGCUGGCCUCACAUCAGUUCAGAAAAGACUUGACCAGAGAAGUCCCAAUGUGACUGUGGCAAAGAUCACUCAGAAGCGUGUGUGGGAUGAGCUGGACUUAUGGCACUCGUGCGUGGCAGCGCUGGAGGUGGACAUUCAGGACUUGGAGAAGCCAGAAGAGGUGCUGACCCUCACUGAGAGACUGGUGGAGGUCCAGCACCUUCACUCCCAGUUGGCCAAACAGGCGGAGCAGAGGACCACCCUCCUCAGCAAGAUCCAAACGUGGCUUCAGGAGCAUCAGGAGAUGAUCAGCAGCUCUAAAAGCUGGAUGGCUGAGGCCAAGUCGUGGCUCGCCGCCCCCUGCACCUACACCACCGCUAAAUGUCUGAGCAGCCAUGUUCACACUCUGCAGAUGGUGUUGGAUGACUCGGCACAGAUCCGAACCACUCUGCAGGGCUUCGCCUCAGUCCUGAAGGAAAUGUCACAGGUUUGUGACGUCACAACUCUCCAGGAACAACUGGACGAAGCCGAUCACCAAGUGGCCAACGUUCAAGACCGCUUCAAUGCUCCUCUGUCUCACCUGGGGCACGCUGCGGACGAGGUGGAAGCCAUUGAGAGUGAAGUCAGGCGGAUGGAGAAUGAUGUGGCUGAGAUCAAGAUCUUAUUAUCGUCUCCAGAGACUUUCCCCAGCCCCAGAGAAGAAAGCCUCAAGGCUGUGGAACAGAGGAUCCAGUGCAUGAGGAGGACCGUAGCUGAGAUCCAGAAGUGUAAACCAGGCCUCUGUCUUCCAGAGAAGGCUGAAGACACUCUGAUUGUCUUCACUGCUGUGGACCAGCUCCAGACUCUGCUGCUGGAACUGGAAAAGAAGGUCCCUGCUCUGUUCAUCCAGCAGCCUUCCACUCCGGUCCAAGCCAAAGCUCCGUCAGCAGAGCAGACGACCUCACAGCCUCAACUCCUGGAAUCCGCUUUAGAGGAGGCUGAGAAGGACGAAAUGGAACAAGGCCGUAUCCGAAUUGUCCAUGUUAAAGAGGACGUACUGAAGGGAUCUGGAGCGUCACGGCUGACUGUGGAACAGUCCUCACCUGAACAGAGACCAUCCUGGACACCUGACAGCACUCAGCAGAGGGAGCAUGACGGCGUGCUCCAGGCUGAGGAAGCCACAGAGCAAACAGGGAGUCAGGAGCACAGAGAGGAAGAAGGUGGAGGAGGUGUUUUAUGGUGGCUCUGGGAUGCUUUCCUGGCUGCUUCGCCAGAGGAACCUGUGGCCGUUGUCCCAGAAGAGACUGAAGGUGCCGCUGGACAAAGCACUAAACAGACUGGAGAAGACAGACAGGAUGUUGAGGGUUCCACUGACACCACAGAAGCAAGUUCAUCUGAAGCUUUAUCAAAACCCCUGGGCACAGUCCGAACUCAGUCACUGCCUGAGAGCAUGGUAAACACAACAGCCUCCACCGUAAAAGUCUCCAAACCAGACACUGGGCCCCAGCAGAAAUGUGUAGUCUCCUAGAUCUAGAACUUGUAUCACUAGAACUUCUCACUUCUUGAUCAAAGCAUUGCACUUCCAGCUUCUUCUAAAGCCAUGUGCAGAACCCCCCAGAAAUAAGCCUAGACUUUACUGCUUCUUCUGGAAUCAUCCUUAGACUUACAGUUUUACCUCUAGAGCCAAUCCAAGAACUCCCAUUUAUUCUGAAACCAAUCACAGUGCCCCCGAACUCUUCUAGAACCUACCCUAGAAUCCCUGUUGUGUUCAGACCUAUGGUUCAGACCUGUCAUUCCUUCUAGAACCAAGCCUAGAACAGCAAUGUUUACAACAUAUCAUAGAUCUCUCAACUUCUUCCAGAUAUAACCUUAGAACUCCUCUAGAAUCAGGCCUAGAUUCCAAAGCUUCCUCUAGAAUCUUAUGGAGGUCCUUGGAACUCCCAGUUCUUCUAGAACAAACAAAUGUAGUUUUUUUCUUCCAGAGAUCUAAAGUCUAUAAUUUCCACUUCUGACAGUACAAUUUAGGUCUAGGUCCCCUAUAAUUAGCCUUCAUGUAGAAUCUUCUAAAACAAGCCCUGGAACCCCUACCAUACUUCUUGUAGAACACUGGGACUCCCUAAUUCUUCUAGACCAAAGUCCAUAACUCCUCCUUCUACACUCAGAUCUAGAGCUCUAUAUAUCUUGUAGAGCUAUUGGCUUCUUUCUAGAACCAAUGUUUUUUUCCCCACAACCAAACCUCCAAACUCCUCACAUCUUCCAGAACCAAAUCUAGAACAUUUCUUCUAGUGUCCUCUGGAAUGCUUGUGAACAAGACUUUUUCUAGAACCGUUUUCUCUACAACUAAACUCAGAACUUUUAUCUUCUUCUAGAACUAAACCUAGAACUGAUUUUUCUAGAACCAGGUAUGGAGCACCUGAAUUGUUCUUGCACCAAUUCUAGACAUUUAAAUUGUUGAAAUGUUUCAACCAUCAGUGCAUUUACAUGGUAAAGAAUUCCAGAUAUUGGCUUCCAACAGUACAGUUAGUUUACAUUUGAAAUUUGAAUCAGGGUUUCUAACUGCAUUAUGAAAAAUAAAAUGGAGGACAGGACUAAGUACUUUAAUUGAAUCAGAUGUACUCCCCAAAUUACUUUUUUUGUUUACUUGAAGGACUACUGAGCUCUUUCAUCCUGAGAAUAAUUCUCCCUGUUGAUUGACGAGUGGUCACAACUGAGAUAUGGUUCAAGAUGACACAGCACAUUAUUUUGCAACUAUGUAACUAUGUGGUUGACAGGGUGACUGUUACUACUUUACCAAAAACAGAAAGCAGACUGGUGGUAUUUAGCAUGUGGGGUUCAUGGGUUUUGGUCUGUAGCAUGCUUUUGCAUGGACCGUAAUUCUAAUGGAUAACUGUUUUUAUAAAAGGCAGAAACAAAGUGUACUAAUAGACAUAUUUUGUGAACCAUGUUUUAUAAUGUUGAUACAUUACAUACAUAUAGGGAAUGGUGAUUUAAAAUAGUUAAACAUUUUGAUUGUUGACCUUUCAUUUACUAUCUGAGCUCAUUUACCAGCACUUAAAUAAAAACAACUUGCUUGCUUACAUGCAUCUGCUAUUUGAAUUUCCAUAAGCUGAAUAUGAUAAUAAAUUGUUGUUUACAGAACUGAUUACCUGAAUAAUUAUUACUUUAAUGAAUUGCUCAGUCACUGCUGGCAGCAGGAGAGUGUGGAGAAAGAUUCCCGCUUUGUUAUGAUCAGAAUAUUUACUUUCACUCAACGCAGAUUUUGUACUUCAUAAAGUUACCUUUUCUAAGAUGACUGUUGGCCAUGAAAAUGCACUGGUUUGACACAAUGACUGAUUAACACGCUACUGUUGGCAGGUGAAAACCAUGGGAUUACAAAUUUAGUUUUAGUUUAGUAUUUCUUAAUCAGAGGAAUUGUACUCUAAUAAUCAAAAAUGAUUUUGCUUGCUUUUGUGCAAGAUUCUUUAAGGCUCAUUUAUAGUUGCAUUCAUAUCAAUCUAAAACCAGUAACAAUACACAAUAAGCUGCCAUUUUUGGAGAUACAAGGUUUUCACCUGGAAGCAGCGGUACUGAGAUGCCUUACAUUACAUGGCAUGUGCUGUACUUGUACAUUGUUCCACUUUUGUCUUUCCAUUCUGUCUACUUACAACAAGAGCACAAAUACAAAUAAACCCACAACAGUGAUUUA